UUCUUGGUGUGAUUCCAAAUAACCUUCGGCUUUGAGUCAUUUAUUUAUUUGAGCAAUCUGGCAAUAUGUUUUAUUGUAAUCACAGUGAAUUGUCCCCCUUAGGAGCUUCUCUGCAACCAGAGCCAAGCGAGGCAGGCCUGGAUCUGGGAGCCUUGCAUCAGGUCCUACAAGAUGAAGAAAUGGCCCGCAAGCUUCAGGAGGAGGAAGACAAGCAGCUGAGGAGGACGUCUUUACGCAGUUCCUAUCCAGAGGGGGACUUCAGGGUAGCUCAGGUUGCACAAGAUGAGGAAAUUGCACGUUUUAUGCAGAAGCAGGAAAUCAAGGCCAAGCGAAGAUCUCGUGAACUGGAAGGGCCAGGAUCCUGGCACGAACACAGAGCGAUGAUGAAUCACUACGACAGGCGAGCUGCCAGAGAAAGACAGGUGUAUCGAGAAAGACUCGACUCGGAGGGUCUCCCCUCUCCGACUGAAGACUGCUCGCCGGAGAACCAGCCACCCAGCCCCGUUCACGCCCUACCAAAAGCCCAGCAGAUGAGAAACAUAGCAGAGGAGCUGGACCCGACCUUCCAGGGCCGAGUGCACGUCCCAGAGAGCUUCCAAGCAGGACAAACUGUUACAGGUCAGACCAGUGAGGCGCUUCCCACCGCCCAAUCCGGCUCCCAGGACCUAACCCUUGAGGAACCGACGUUCAUACCACCGACAAAACGACAGGCGGAUAAAUCUGGACGGAGUAAACCCAAAGAGAAGAGGGAAGGAUGCAAGCAGCAAUAAACAGAUUGCGCUGACGGGAAAUGGUUGUUUUUAUAAGAUAAUUUUAAUCUAACAAAGGGUUCUCAUUGUUUAUUGCUUUAUCAUCAAAAACUGAAAGAAAAACCAAGACAAGCACUUUAGGUUAGUAAAGCAAGGACGCAUUAUUAUCGCAUUUUGGACACUAGAACCAAAAGGGAAUUGCUUAAUUUGUUGAAGUACUUUUUAAAAUGUGUAUAUUUAGUGUUUAAUUUAACAAUAAUAGCAUUAAUGUUUGCUUUUUCAUAUCAGCAGCCAAAUGUUUUUUUUACCGCAAACGGAGCGCCUGACUUCAGCUCAGAUACGAUUCGUUGUACGUUUCCUGCCUGGGAUUUGGAUAAAAGCUCCAAACACUCUUCAGUUUGGUUCAACCACAAACUGUUUUCUCCGAAGGCUGAAGAAGAAGUGAGAUUGAUGACACGUGAACUUGGUUUUAAUCACCUGCGCUUGCAUGUGUGUGCUACCUUUGUGUGUGUUUUCAGGUGUUAUUGUUUACAGCUGUUCAGUGACAAUCACAUGAACUAACCUGAGAAUGAAAACUGAUCAACAUUGGAAGGUUUUUUUUUAAAAAUUCAAUGCUGAAUUAUAUUCAUACCACCUAAAGUUUUUUCUUUUUGUUUAAACCAGAGCAGAGAAUUUUAUUGGCAUUUCAUGACAGUUUUAAAAAGUCUUUGAGGGUAAAUAUCUACAUUGUGUAAUUGUCGAUGUUUACAAAUGAACAACCGCUUGUCGCAGUUGCACAAAUGCCACACUUUUCAGAUUUCUACACUAAGUUAACCCUUUAUUUGCCAGGUGCAAAGGUGGUCAGAGUCGCUACUUUUUGUGCUGGGUUUUCACGACUUCUCAUGUUUGUGGUUGUAACAUGAGGAAUGUGGAGAAUUUGAGUAUGGAUGCUUUUACAAAACAAAACAGUCUUUAACAGGAUGAGCUACACUCCCAGGUCCAACUCUAAAACCUCCUGUUGACCUGCGUUUCUAUAUUCAGUGAAAUGUGACGCCAAAGAGUCUGUCAGAACUCGCUCUGUGGGAAAUUACCUCAUGCCAAGCACUAAUAUUCAUUCUGAUGAUUAAAAACUUUGGGAUUUUU